AUGUUAGAGACCAAAAAAACUGAUCUUUUUACACGACUCAAGGCAUAUGUCGAUGACGAAACAGCAGAACGUGGCUAUGUUUACUCGCAUCAAAAGGUCGAUGUUCAGAUUGAUAUGUUAAAUCAAAUAAUCAAGGGAUACACAGAGAUUAGUAUUAAGCCACUUAGAUUUGAUGUUGAUGUUAUAAGAUUACAUUGUCGGCAAUGUCGUAUUAGCAGUAUAAAGAUUAAUGAUUUUUUAGCUGAAUUUGAGAUUAAUGAAUCUGAAGAUGCUGGGAUUGUGGGUGAGAUAUCUGUGUAUCUCCCUGAUGAAAUAACAGACAUUCCUAUAAUAAAUGGUGUGA